AUGGCCACGCCGUCCUGCUCCAUCGUCGUGACGGGGUUCGGCCCGUUCGCCGACGUCGAAGAGAACCCAACCGACUGGCUCGCGAGAGAGCUCGCCAGCGGCGCCGACGGCUGGCGGCUUCCGCACGGCGUCCCGCUCCGCUCAGCAGUGCUUGAGGUUUCGACCGAGGAUGUCGACGCGCAGCUGCAGCGGCUGCACAGCGGCGACGACUCCUCCGGCUGCGUCAUCUACGUGCACCUUGGCGUCGACGCGAGAGGGCGCGGCUUUGCACUCGAGCGCACCGGCGUCAACAACAUGACAUUUCGUGUGGCGGACGAGCGAGGCCGCCAGCCGACGGACGAGCCCAUCGACGCCGCGCCGGCCGCGCGUGGCGUGCGGGGCUGCCGCCGCAGCCCUCUGCCCCUCUCCUCUCUGCGGGAUGCGUUGGCUGCGAGGUCGGCCGAGGAGAUCCGAGUCUCGGACGACGCAGGCCGGUACCUGUGCAACUACACGCUGUACGAGUCGCUGCGGCUCUCGCACGCGCACAACAACAGCUCGGGCGCGCAGAGCACGCAGAGUCGGCACACCGCCCUGUUUGUCCACGUGCCUCCCUUCGAGGCGGUGCCGCGCCGCCGCCAGCUGGCGCUGCUGCAGCACCUGCUCGCCGAGCUGGCGGACGAGGCGCACCGCGGCGGCGGCGCGGCGAUGCUGCCCGCGUGCGGCGGGGCUGUGGAAGAGCUGAGCGAGGGCGAGAUGCUUCGCGCCGCGGCGGCGGCGGCUGCGCGCGGCGGCGGCGUGGCGGGGACGGCGGGCUCGCUGGGCGAAGACGACGAGGCGCGUUUGGACCAGGGCAGAGGCGAGGGCGGCGAGGGCGGCGCGGCUGCGGUGGGCUGUGCGGCGGUGCGGCGGUGCGGCGGCGUGGUCCCGAUCGGGGAGGCGGAGGAGGGCACUGUGGCGGUGGGCGAGGUGGAGGGAGUCGAAGUCCGGCUGUGGUACCGCACGUGGGGCAGCCGCGCCGCUGGCACCCCCGUGCUGUUUGUGCACGGAGGGCCCGGCAAUUGCGUCGCCGACUAUGCAGACAUCAACGGCGAGUUUUUCGACGCGGCGCGCUUCUUUGUGGUGGAGGUGGACCAGCGAGGCACGGGCAGGUCGACGCCGUCGGUGCGCGAGUCGGCGGCGCACAUGCGCAUCUACGGCGAGAUCAACAUCUCGCUGAUGAGCGCCGACUUCGAGGCGGUGAGGGAGGCGCGGGUCUGGAGCUUGCCGGCCGAGAUCGACGCCGUCUACUCGCGGGCGCCGUAUGCAGCCGCCGCCGAGGCCGAGGGCGAGGAGGCGGGCGCGCGCCGCCGGCUUCGAGAAUUUGACGCCUUUGCCGCGGCGGUGGGCGAGAGCGGCCACGACGCUCGCUUGCUGCUGGGCGAGUACGAUCGGCGCAUCCGCGCGGGCGACGCGGCGGCCACCUGGCACUGGCACGCUCGCACGCAGGUGGGCUGGCGCAGCGCGGUGCACGCGUUCGAGUGCAACCUGAUGGCGGAGUGCGAGUCGGAGCGGCGCGACGCGCGCAGCGUCGCCUUCUUCGAGGCGCGCCUCUUCCUGCGAGGUGCGUACGAGGCGCCGUGCAGGCUGCUCGAGCGGCUCUCGGGCGAGGCCGCGGCGGCGAUGGCGCGGAUGGACACUUGGGUGGUGCAGGGCACGGGCGACGCUGUCUGCCCAGAGGAGUUUGCGCGCGAGCUUGUGGCGCAGAUGCGAGCGAUCCGCGACGCACUAGAGCCGUCAGAGGACGGCGCGAAGGGUGCGGGGCUGCUCAGCACGCACUUCGUGGACGCGGGCCACAAGGCGGGCGCCGCGGGCAUCAAGGAGAAGCUCAUCGAGUGCGUGCACGACUAUCUGGACCGGGCGGGCGGCGGCAGCUGA